AUGUCUCCAUUUUCGUGCAUGCAUGCAGCGAGUGCGGCCAUCUGGGGGCUCACCCUCGCCUGCUACGCGGCCAUGGUCGUCCUGCCUCGCCGCCUCUCUGGCUACAUUGUCUUCCUUGUCGCCUUCGCCUUCCUCAUCUUCUGGUCUGCCCCCCUUCCCAUCAAUGCACUGCCCCGCCUCCCAUCCCAUGCUCUCGCUACUUCUCCUGCUGCCUUCAUCACUCUCACCCCCGUCGUCAUCGAUCUCCUGCCCCCCAUGCUCUCUCCAAUCCUUCACCGCCUCAUGCUUUUGCCUUCCCAUGCCCUAUCCCGUCACUCGCCUUCUCUCUCGCAUCUCUCCCCCAUGGCCCCCAUGGCCCCCAUGACCCCAUGCGCCCCAUGCCCCCGUGCCUCGCCCCCAUACCUCCCAUGCCCCCAUGCCUCGUCCCCCAUAUCUCCCAUGCGUGGUCCCACCAGCCAUGCGACGAGCCUAGAUGCGAGUGCGUGGAGGCGGGGAGACAUCGACUUCACGGGCACACUCAUGAUCGUCACUCUCAAGCUCGUGGGGGCCGCCAUGGACUGCCAGGACGGCAGCAUGGGACAGCAGGACGGCAGGGAGCGGCAGGACGGCAAGGAGAAACAGGACGGCAGCCCACCACGCGCCAGCAGAGCCUCCCCCACAGCGCUCCCCCGCGUGCCCCCUCUGCUGCCGUUCCUGGGCUUUGUCUUCUUCCCCGCCGCGCUGCUCGUGGGCCCGCCCUUCCCCUUCGCUGCUUACCACGACUACGUUGAGGGGCGCGGGCCUUCAUCAACUCUCCCCCCUCCCCAUUCCCUCUCCAUUCCCCCAUCUAUUCCCCUCCUCCAUUUCUCCAUUCCUCCCCUCUGUCCCCCCUCGCCCCUCCGCUGGCAGCACUGGUCCGCGCUCUACCCUCACAAGCACGCACCUGCACCAGCCGGCCCUGCCUUUCCACCGCGUGUGCUCCCAGCGUGCCGCGCGCUGUGCAAGGCGCUGCUGUGCCUCGCCGUCUACCACUCGCUCUCCCUCCUCCUCCCCCCCUCCGCGCUCACUCAGCCCGCCUUCUUCGCGCGCCCCUUCCUCAUCCGGUGUGGGCAGGUGGCGCUAACCCUCCUGGCGUACCGCUGGAUGUUCUACUUCAUCUGGGCCGUCGCUGAGUCCGCCCUCAUCCUCUCCGCCUUUGGCUUCUCGGGCUUUAAGCCCGCCAAGACAGGCCACGAAGAGGGUGAUCAGGAGGGGAGGGAAGGAGUAGGCGGGCAGCAGCAGCAGCAGCGGCUGGAAGCAGACUGGAGCGGGGCGAGCAACGCGCACAUAUGGGUGGUGGAGGUCACGGGCAGCGCAGCACAGCUGCCCUCCAACUGGAACAUCGGAGUCAGCAACUGGCUGCGCACAUAUGUGUAUGACCGCAUGACCCCCCCAUCAGGAAAGCCCACCCUCACAACACUCCUUGUGACACAAGCUGUCAGCGCGCUGUGGCAUGGUCUGCAUCCGGGCUACUACCUUUUCUUCCUCUCUGCCGCCAUCGCUCAAGACGCCUCCAAAUUGCUGCACCGCCUGCACCAGUCCAUCCCCCAUCACAGGCGGUGGCAGCGCCGGGUAGCAUGGAUAGCACAGAUGCUCUACACACGUGUGCUCGUGGGGUAUGCGCCCCUGGGCUUCAUU